UGUCGGUCUCUAUCCGCUGCCUCGGAUUCAUGAAUGAAAUUUCGUUAAUGUGAAACGUUUCCAGUCGCCGUCAACGCGAAGGGACAGAACAAACGCGUAGGAUCAGAACCAAGCGAGAAACACCCCCCUCCAGUUCAGCGCUGGCCGCCGCAGCUGCAGCGUCUGCUCCAUCUCCACGCCGCAAAUGCCUUUGUUUCUGAGCUGCAGGUGAAAUUAAAGAUGUAUUCCCUUUGCCCUGCGUUAUUUGUGAACAUGUAAAUACGUCCACAUAUAUCCUAAUUGAUCUUUUUUUAUUAUUUGCGAGAAAAAGGAGGAGAGAUGCUCCUUGCGCUCAGCCAACGGCGCGCUUCGCAGCUUUGAACCGAAGAGCGAGUCGCGGCCGGCGCCGUUUUGAGGCUGCGCGUCCGCUUUUUGUUCUUCGGGCGGCUCUGAUCUCUUACUCUGGAUGGAUGUGACACACAGCUGUUGUGGAUUUUUAAAGAUUUUUACAUUUUUACACGAAAUACGGAAAUCGUCAUCUUGAGUGAAUAUCCGCAACAAGGAGAUAACUCUUUUUUUUAAUGGUUAUGCGCGUUUAACGAUAUAUUACCGAAGAUAUAUUAGUUUUACUUUGAGUACAAGGUCAGACAGCAGCCGGUGGGUUUAAAAGAGGGGGAAACUUGAUUCUUCUUGAUUCUGGUGGAAAGGACUCCCCCCACGUCGUUCCACGGCCGGCAUGACCCCCAGACUCUCGGCCGGGCCCUUGAGGAAGGACCACCCAGCAGAGUAGGAUGCCCCAUCCAGCCCCUCGCUCCCGUCGCUCCGCUCGCUCUGCUUGUUCCCAUCGCCGUGCGCCGUCAUGAAGGAUGAGGUCGUCGACAGCAACGUGCUGGCCUGGCUGGCCUGUGCGGGGGUGUCUAUCUUGGCCAACGCCUGGGCCAUCCUGAGCAUCAGCGCCAAGCAGAAGAAGUGGAAGCCCCUGGAGUUCCUACUCUGCACGCUGGCCGGUACCCACAUCCUCAACAUGGGCAUCCCCAUCACCAUGUACUCCGUCAUCCGGCUACGUCGCCGCUACUCCACCUACGAGUGGAACGAGGGACUCUGCAAGGUCUUCGUCUCCACCUUCUACACACUCACCCUGGUCACCUGCUUCUCCGUCACCUCCCUCUCCUACCACCGCAUGUGGAUGGUGCGAUGGCCUGUCAACUACAGGCUGAGCAACACCAAGAAGCAGGCCGUUCACACGGUGAUGGCCAUCUGGAUGGUGUCCUUCAUCCUGUCUGCGCUGCCCGCUGUGGGUUGGCACGACACCACCGAGCGUUUCUACAUGCAGGACUGCCGCUUCAUCGUGACGGAGAUCGGCCUGGGCUUCGGCGUCUGCUUUCUGCUGCUGGUGGGCGGCGGUGUGGCCAUGGGAGUUGUGUGCAUCGCCAUCGCACUCUUCCAUACCUUCUCCACGCGGGCGGGCCGCAAAGCAGACAAGAACAAGUUCAAUGUGCCCACCAUCGUGGUGGAGGAUGCCCAGGGCAAGCGGCGCUCCUCCAUCGACGGCUCGGAGCCUGUGAAGACCUCUCUGCAGAUCACCUACCUGAUCAGCGGCAUCGUCUUCAUCUACGACUUCCUCACCGGCUUCCCCAUUCUGGUGGUGAGCUUCACCAGCCUGCGGUUUGACCGCUCCUAUAACUGGAUGGUGCUUUGCGUGCUCUGGUGCUCCAUCGCCCAGUCCGCCCUGCUGCCCGUGUUCCUGUGGGCCUGCGAUCGCUACCGUGCCGACGCCAAGACCGUGUGGGAGAAGUGUGUGGCGGUCAUGUCCAACGAUGACGUGGAGGACGAAAACAGCCAGGAUGGAGGAAUUCAUCCGGACUUAAUAUAUGACAGACCAUAUGACUGUAGCCCCACUGCUGAUAACAUGACAUUACACCAUAUUGCCAAGUACAAAACCUCAACCUUAGAGAGGGGUUACCUACUGAGAGAACCACAGGAGGAUAAAAUGCAUUAUCUGCAGGUCCCUCCUACACGAAGAUACUCUCAUGACGAAAGUGAUGUAUGGACCACUAGCCAUCUCCCACCAUACCUUCACCGCUGGGGUUCCGCAGAGGACGUGAUGUCGUUGCCGCGUUACAGCGUGCCCCUGCAGGACCGCCGCCGGCGCAGCUUGGCAUCGCCACAAAGAGAGCGGGCACCACGACAUGCCAGGCGAACUUCAGAGGACGCUGGGCGCCCCGGCAGACCACCGUCACCUUGGGGUGAACCCCGACAAGAGGACCUCAAUUGCUUCAGUAGGGAUGAAGUGGUGAGCUUUAUCGAUGAUACACCACUGCCCACCCCUAGGGGGAGCCCUCGGCAUGCCUCAGCACUGUCUCUGGUACCUGAUACACGGAGGCAACGUACCUCGCAGGGUGCCCACUUUGCCCUUACUGACUUUGAACGUGAGCCCCAGGCCCUACGUCGCCCCACAGAUGCCCCCAGUGGCUCCAACAGCAGGCACACGGGGCAGAGCCCCGGACCCCGUAGCCCCGGGAGGGGUUGUGAUGGCCAUCGUGAUGGAGCACGCUCACCCAGACUGAUCCACACCAAUCAAACAUCAUGGGCAGGAGACCAGUCCUCCCAGAGACCCAGAACUGGCUGGUUGGUGGAGGACCAUCACACACAGUCGAACAGCAAGGGAAGCCUAAACAGCUUUAUGAGCUCAGCCUCCAUUUCCUCUGGGUAUAGAACCUUUCAGUCAGAUUCUGUAGAAUCCACCAGCUAAGGAAAGUGAGGGACCGGGUGGAUGAUUACUGAUUAAUGCUGAGUUCUUUACACAGCUGAAUUACUGACAGCGCUCUUCAGUUUUGUUCAUUUCUGUGUGGAAAGUAAGCUUUCUUUUCUUUUUGUAACAUGGGAACAGAUUUUCACUGCAGAGCUUUUUCUAAAGCACCAAAGAUUACCCGGUGUGGGCUGGAAGGUGUAUGUCAGUAUGCACUAUGGAUAUUUUUCAAGCCAUGGUAUAUGUAAUAUUUUAACAGGCCUGUACAUUAACUGACAAUGUGUUACAAACUCAGGCAGCCUGAAUUUGCCGGCACUUACGUAACCAGGCCCCUAUAGCGGAUCAGAAGUGUAUCAUUAGGGACAGCGAUACCUCAGUAGACUGAACUUCAGCCAUCCUCAUAUGCAUUACUUAAAGUAUUCAGUAGACAAUGCAGUCUUAUAACAUCAAACCCUUAUUGGUGCAGUUAAUAUAACAGUAAGGAGUAGGAAAAUACUUCGAGUUCCCAGUGCGGGCAAUGCACAUGUAUGUGAGAGACAGAACGACUUAUUUCACAAAUGUUUCUUUUUAAGCAAACAAGUAGCCCAAAUCCCCUUCAGAUUACACCCACUGGAAAAGCACAGUGUUUCAUGCUUAUGUUGCUUAAUCAUGUUUGAAAAUUUGUUUUUGUAAUUGUUCAUGCCCAGCGUAUUUUGUGUUUCGUGUCGUACGCCUUACAAAACCGGACGUUGACCAAACGGUUUGAGGUGAUCUAAGAUUAACUCAGAAUUGUCAUGGUGUUUUUUUCGCUUCUUAAAGUGACCGAGAUUAGCCUAUGAUAUUCUGUAAGGAAAUGAGGGGGAACAAGGAAAUAAAACUGACGGUUCUUUAAAAAUGUCGGGGUGGGGGGUUGUGUCUGUGUUGCGUGACGUAGACUAUAAUAAAUUAUGAUUAAGGAGGAAAGUUGUAAAGACAGGAGCUAAAUAGCAUUGCGCCCACAACAAUCUUAGCGAUAAAAUAAAGUGAACGUUAAGAUAAGUAAAAAACUUUACUUGGUGUUAAA